GCUUGAAUUAAAGAUUUACCGUGUGCCAAAAAAGCGCUCGGAUCGUGUGUACCGCGUCGUUGCAGCGUAUUGUAUUGCAAAUCAUUACAUUUGUGUCUUUUGAACAGGUUUAAAGUUCUGGUCCUAACAACAUAUACUUCCUUCCCAAUCUAUGGUGUACGGAAACCAUGUCGAAUCAAGUUCGUAUAAACCUUUCCGAAGUUCGGCCGAGCGUAGAGAAAUUGGUCUAUAAGGUGCUCGGCACUUCCAAUGGUACAGUGCUGUCUUCAAUAGAAUCGAACCUACGCAAUGGAUUCGAUCGGCGCAAGCUGAACGAAGAGUUGUCGUUCACCGUCGAUGGACAUAAGGCAAUGCGUAUCUGUGACAAGGUAGAAGAUUUGGUGGAUAAUUUACGAAUCAAAGAGCAGCACUUGAGCACUCCCGCAUCGCACGCUACUGCACGAUCCGCAGACGAUGGCAAAAAACGUCCUCUUCCUGACCAAGGGACGCUUGACGUACAACAAUUGCUGCGAGCUAAAAAGAGCAAGCCUGAAAAUGACGAUAGCAGCGCCGGUGCCGUCUACCCUUCCGCUAACACAAUCGCCGUGCAGGCAAGCGUAAGAAAUGAAGCGGAAAAUCUAGCUGGAAAGAACUUUUCCGCCAUUCAUAUAAGACAGAUGAUGGAAAACGCACAGCGAGAAAUCGAAGAGCGCAAACGAAAGCUGGAAAACAUGAAGCUGAACAAACACCCCAACGUUCCGGCUUCUGCUGUGGCCGCUGCGAUGACGGUGAAUGCCAAAAUUUCUACAGCGGCUGCCAAAACGACGGACGACGAUUCAAAAGGGACUACCACAAGCAUAAAGUCCGAUUCCAAUGGGGCUGCUGCUGCUGCUGCUGCUGCUGCUGUUGGUCCAUCGGCUAUAUCAGACAUUGAAAGGUCUAAAAAAAUUGCCAAACUUCAGGAACAGAUUAGAGCCAAGCUGUCCGGUACGUUGGCGAAUGUGAUACCUCAACAGCAGCCGCCUGUUGACAAACCAAAACCGUUGAUUCUGGAUGCGGAAGGGCGAACUGUGGAUGGGAGUGGCCGCACCAUCGUCGUACCGCAGCUGACGCCAACGCUGAAAGCCAAUAUUCGGGCAAAGAAACGUGAAACUACCAGAAAUCAACAAGCAUCGGAACGAACUGCGGUUGAUGUUUCGAAUGAGACACAGUUUCACGACGAUCGUAUUAUACUAAAGCCGGCGGUGAGAAUUAAGCGGUCGUUGCGUUUUCACGAACCUGGCAAAUUUCAACAGCUCGCUGAACGGUUGCGGAUGAAGGCUCAGCUGGAAAAACUGCAGAAUGAAAUUUCACAAAUCGCGCGCAAGACCGGAAUCAGCUCGGCCACGAAGCUUGCGCUGAUUGCGCCAAAAUCUGAUACGCACGUAAAUGAUGUACCUCAGAUGGAAUGGUGGGACUCUGUUAUACUGAUGGACGAUUUCAAUACACUGGACGCGCAGGGCAAUAUUUCGAUCAGAGAAUCAUCCAUCACCAAUCUUAUCGAGCAUCCAACGCAAAUGCGGCCCCCAAAUGAGUCAUCCCGUGGCGUUUAUUUACCAGUGUUUCUUACCAAAAAAGAACGACGUAAGCUGCGGCGCCAAAAUCGACGUGAAGCAUGGAAAGAGGAGCAGGAAAAAAUACGUCUCGGGUUAGAAGCACCCCCGGAACCAAAGUUACGAAUUUCCAACCUGAUGCGCGUGCUGGGCACGGAGGCGGUGCAAGAUCCGACCAAAAUUGAAGCCCAUGUGCGUGAGCAGAUGGUGAAGCGACAGAAGAUACACGAGGAAGCAAACGCAGCGCGCAAAUUGACCGACGAUCAACGGCGGGAGAAAAAAAUGCGCAAAAUGAAGGAAGACACCACGUUGGGUGUGCACGUUGCCGUGUAUCGUAUACGGGAGCUGCAGGAACAGCAGAGCAAAAAGUUCAAAGUGGAAACGAACGCGAAGCAACUGUUCCUGACUGGCGCUUGCGUGCUGUUCCGGGACUGCUGCGUGGUGGUGGUGGAAGGGGGUCCCAAACAACAGAAAAAGUAUCGCCGGCUCAUGCUCCAUCGCAUAAAGUGGGAGGAGGAUUUGGUUAAAAAUGCGGAUGGUAAGGAAAUACCCAACUCGUGCGUGCUCGUGUGGGAAGGCAUGAAUCAGCGCCGAAAUUUUGGAGAGUUCAAGUAUAAAUCGUUUCCGCUGGAGAAAAGCGCAAGAGAUUUCUUUCAGAAGCAUCACGUUGAACACUACUGGGAUUUGGCGUAUUCUGGAGCAGUGCUAGAAGCAUCCGAGGACGCGUGAUGAGUAGGAAGAAGAAGAGAAAAAUAAACGCUACCCCACCAGGUGGGGAGAGUAUAACAUCA